AUGCUUCCUCCGGGUGUCAUGGAAGCUAGGCACCGAAAUGGUGUUACAGUCGGACAGUUGUUUAUUCCAGGUGUAAUUAGCCGAGCAGAGGAGAGUGUUUGUCUGUGGAUCGAUAGUCCGAAGUACCAACCGUGCUGUUUAUCCAAUCAGAAUGGUGUUCAAACAGCCCCUGUAAAAAACGUUGUCGAUUUGGAAUAUGCAGACAAUAUCGUCUUCGAGGAAAAGGCACAGGUAUUCUUGGAUGAACUGACCAGUCAUCCCGUCUUUUGGUGUGCACUUUGCAACCACAAGGUGUAA